AUUCUCAAUUCAAUCUGCUAUUUCUUCUCGAACAUUGUGGACGCUUUCUGAGCUAAAAAAAAAAGAAGUUUCUUCUCUUGCAUUUAUUCAAUAAACCAGAAUUAAAUUGUGACUAAUCUAUCCAAGCAAAAGACGUUAAAAUUGUGAAAUAGAAAAGUGUUUUAAAAAAGGAACUGAAUUUCUUAGACAACAUAGAAAAAAAAAAAUUAAUUUUAAUCUAUAAAUGAACGCUUACUGCGUUUUAUUACAAAGCCUAGCACAAAAAAUUGUAUACAAAGUGAAUUAAAUAAGAGAUUUCCAACAAUCAGCUUGCAAAAAUAAAGAAAAAUCAAAAGUGGUGACUAAAGAAAAACCAAAAUCACACUCAGAUCAACUAGCAUUCAGACAAAGGAAAGUGUCAUUAGUCCAGCAGCACAAUCAUCACUGUUGACCGUGUAUGUUUUCCGGUAUUUAUUUGCUUACAAAAAAGGAGUUACAAACAAAGAAAACAUCAGUAAGACGAGCACGUUGAACUUACACAGGCUGUGCAGUGCAACCAACAGACAACCAACCAUCCAGUUUAGGCAAAGCCACUUCAAUCAAUAACCACAACGCAAAAGUUUUCUUUGUGCAUUAGACGCGAAAUUGCAUAAAAAGUUGAACUGUACCAAGUUUGGAGUAACAACAAAAAAGUUAAUAAAUAAAUAAUAAUUGAAAAUAAAGAACAAGUAGCACAAAAUUGUUAAAAACCACACAAGCAAAAAGUAAACAUUAAAAUAAACGACGCAAAUAUGCCAGCUGACUCGGUUUCAAGAAUGGACUCUAAUGGUUCUGCUGGCGAGUCCAAUGCGCCCGAAAAUUUACUAGGCACAUCACCCGGCGCCUCUAGUUUACGCAGUCGCACUGAGAGUGAAAGCUCUGAUAAAAUGGCGCGUUUCGUACUGCCGAGUAUGGAUGGUAGUCCACCAAAGGUGCUUACGCUGCAUGAAGUGGGUGAUGUACUGAAGAAUAUACAAAAUAUGGAAUUGGUGCAUGAAAUUGCCAUUAAUCCGGAAUUUAAAUUCGAGCCAUACGAACCACCAGAGAACAGUCUCGAGCGUCGCAUUAAAGAUAUCAUGCAUAAAGCAUUUUGGGAUGUGUUGCGUAGUCAAUUAAAUGAAAAUCCACCAUGCUAUGAUCAUGCCAUACAACUACUGACUGAGAUUAAGGAUUGUUUUCCCCAGAUCAUAUCGCAAAAUAAUUCACGUGCCUUACAGCGCAUCAAUGAAAUACUCGAUAUCGAUGUUAUAAAACGGCAGGCCGAAGAGGGUGUGCUGGACUUUAAAGCUUAUGCCAACUUCGUCAUACAAGUCAUGGCAAAAUCAUGUGCACCUGCCAGAGAUGAACUUGUGCGUCAGCUGACUGAAAUCGAAGAUGUUGUGGAUUUAUUUAAAAAUAUACUCGAAACUAUGGCGCUAAUGAAACUAGAUAUGGUGAACUAUCUACUCGAUUAUGCACGUAACGAUAUUAUGGCUAAUUCGGUGGAGUACGAGAAGGAGAAAUUCAAGGAGUAUUUGGAGUAUUAUAAAUUUGGCUUCCCAGCCACCGAAAAUUGGCUUAAGAAUAGCUGCACACACGAUGCUAAUAAUGUGCCCUCAUCGCCAGAGCAAACCAUUUCCAACGCUUACAUGGAACUCAUGGAUUGGGAUGAGUCUAAAGAGUUCCCCGAGGUGCUAUCUAUUGAUAAGGAACGUAUUUUAAAGUUGGGACAACGUGCCAAACGCAUUUGUACAUGUGCUGGUGUCAUUUCAAUUUGUUCUGGUGUGCCAAUAAUCUCGCAACGUAGCGAAAAUCGCGUGGCACUCGCCAAACAAAUUGAAAUUAUCCUACAAGGCACUGCUAAUGAAAAAGAACUUUUGGAUUCAAUUGAAAAUGUGUGGUUGCAAGUAAAAACCGUUAUAAAUGAAUAUCUACAAAAAGAAAGCCAGCCAGUGAUGGACGCUAAUACGGAGGAAAUGUUGAAAUCGCAAAUAAUGCAAGUGGGCAAAAAAGAUUCACCUGUGCGCACAUUGAUGUGGAAACGUUUUCAAACCUAUUUCCGUUUGGCCUUACGCUCUCGCGCUGGCUUGCCACCGCCACCACCAGGUUAUGCCGACUUCAAGGAUGAGUUGGAGGCCUAUUGUACUGCCCUAAAACGUGUUAUUGCUUAUAAUCAUUCCGUCUUCGGUGAAUAUUUCAUGAAAUUGCUUACACAACAACGUUUCACCAACAACGAAGUAGGUACAAGCGAAAGUGCAUCAGCUGCAAGUGUUCAAGAGCAGUCGGCUGCUGCUGGUGGAAAAACAAACGCAGUCGCUACCGACGGCAAGGUUGAGGGUCAGUAAUGAAAAUGUAUGCCAGCAAAUGAUCAAACGACGUCGGUAUGUACGGCGUACGUCGCGAAUGUAUGGUGCGCAUGCUGUCAAUGGCACAUAACGCUCUAGCAAAUGAAAGAUUUUUGUAAAGAAAAUGAGUAACGAUGCCCAGAUUGUGCUAUGCCUGUGCUGAUGAAAGUGCAUUUAUAUAUGUGAGAGAGGCAAUAAAAAAGAAUUUCGUAUUUGGGCAGACAAGUAGAAAGUUAAAAACUCUUUCCUACCACCCUAAACGUGGAAAACACGCUUUUUAACGAUUAAAUGGAUAAUAUUAGAAACAAAAGAAAAACGUAUGAAAAUGGAGUAAUGAAA